UAGUCUUGUGGUCAUCUUGGGCAACACAACCCAUCUGAAGCCAUCUGGUACCGGUGGGAGGGCGGCGGCACCGGGAGCUGCUGAGGACCCCCCGCCGCAGGGUGGACCAUGCACUUGUACAAACCGGCCUGCGCCGACAUCCCGCCCCCCAAGCCGAGCCUGCAGAAGCCGAGCCUGCAGAAGCCGAGCGAAGCGUCGCUGAGGGGCAAGAAGCCAAGCGGGGCUCCCAGGGCCUGUCCCCCCUCCUCAGGGAGGCCCAGCCCGGCCGCCGAGCUGAAGCAGCUGGAGAAGUUCCUGCACCUGCACGGGCUGUCGCUGCUGGAGACCGUCCCGGCCCGGACGGGGAUGAACUACAGAAACCUUGGGAAAUCCGGACUGAGAGUCUCGUGCCUUGGGCUGGGGACAUGGGUGACUUUUGGAGGUCAAAUCUCAGAUGAGGUGGCUGAGCAGCUGAUGACAAUCGCCUACGAGAGCGGCGUCAACCUCUUCGACACAGCCGAGGUGUACGCGGCCGGCAAGGCUGAGGUCAUCCUGGGAAACAUCCUCAAGAAGAAGGGCUGGAGGAGGUCCAGUCUGGUCAUAACAACGAAACUGUACUGGGGUGGCAAAGCUGAAACGGAACGGGGGCUUUCGAGAAAGCACAUCAUCGAAGGGCUCAAGGCAUCUCUGCAGCGGCUGCAGCUGGAGUACGUGGACGUGGUCUUCGCAAACCGGCCAGACAAUAAUACCCCCAUGGAAGAAAUUGUCCGAGCAAUGACACACGUAAUAAAUCAAGGCAUGGCCAUGUACUGGGGAACGUCGCGCUGGAGCGCUAUGGAGAUCAUGGAAGCUUACUCCGUAGCCAGGCAGUUCAACAUGAUACCGCCCGUCUGCGAGCAAGCUGAAUACCAUCUUUUCCAAAGAGAGAAAGUGGAGGUUCAGCUGCCGGAAUUGUAUCAUAAAAUAGGGGUGGGAGCGAUGACGUGGUCCCCGCUGGCCUGUGGGAUCAUCUCAGGGAAAUACGGCAACGGGGUCCCCGAAACCUCAAGGGCUGCACUCAAGUGCUACCAGUGGCUGAAGGAGAAGAUCAUCAGCGAGGAGGGGAGGAAGCAGCAGGGGAAGCUGAAGGACCUGUCACCCAUCGCCGAGCGCCUGGGUUGCACGCUGCCUCAGCUGGCCGUGGCUUGGUGCCUGAGGAACGAGGGGGUGAGCUCCGUCCUUCUGGGAUCUUCCAACCCCGAGCAGCUGAUUGAGAACCUGGGAGCCAUUCAGGUCCUUCCAAAGAUGACUUCCCAUGUUGUGAACGAGAUAGAUAAUAUCCUGGGAAACAAGCCCUACAGCAAGAAGGACUACAGGUCAUAACGUGCUGCAUGAGCUCCCCGGACCGACGGCCGAGCGCGCCCGGGUCCCGGCCAUGGAUUGCCCAGCGGCUCGCUGCUCCGUGCCCGUCACCGGCCCCGGGACGUGCGCUGUCGCUAACACUCUGCAGUGAAAUUGAAAAGCACAGUUGAUCUCUCUCUCUCUCUUCUAAGCAAGAAUAAUCUUGUAUUUUCUUACCUUCGACUGGAGUCAUUAAUUUUUACUUUACUCUUAGCACCUCAUGCUUGUGCUGUGAAAAACACUUGUAAAGCAAAAAAAGAGAAAAAUUUAUAACCUUCAGGUACUUGGUAAUUAAAGAAGGAUGUACAGAUCUAUUUUUUCAAUGAAGAAAAGCCAGAUACAACUUAAGGUUUUAAUAAAACCACAUAUGGGAAAUCUCAGCUACGAAGUUUCUUCAGGUUAACAGAUAGAAGGGGCAAGCUCAAAUCUUCUGUUUUCUUUUUUUAUGCUGAAAAUAUGCUUUAGAUUUUGUUUGUAGGUCAAUAAAGGAUUGAAGACAGAGAAUUAGUUAGAAAUUAGAUAGCUCAGCUCCUCGCUGUACAAUUAUUUCAGCUGUGUAGUGCUCCUAUUCCUGAGUACAAGCCAGACGAGCACCAUUAGAAAACCCAAACGCAUGUCAGGUUGAUUAAAACAACAGCUGUCUGCAAAAUACUAAUUCUACAUAAACCUUAAACCAAGGAAGCCAUGAUAAACACCGGGUUUUGCACCUAUAGAAACCUGCCUCUACUUCUGUGUGCUUGUACACAUGGCUAUCGCAAAUUUCAAUAUUAAUAAGCUUUUAAGGAUAUAGACACUUAUAUAUAAUACAUAGUUGCUGACAAAUACCAGAAAAAAAUCAGGUACGUACCUUGGUGGAAGGUUGAAUUUGCGUUAACUUGUUGUGGAAUCAGGCAUAAGUAAAUCUGUAGUAUUUUUAAGACAUAUUUUAAACAGGUAGGGGUUUUUUUUGGUGAGGAUUUCAUCUCUGUAUGGGAGUUGGUAGUCAGCAUCCAUAUAUUCAUUUGCCCAUCUCAAGAACCAUGUCAUGUUUGCCACGAGUUUGCAUUGUAAAGCGCACCCAUGAUUUCGGUAACGAUUUCUAACUUGUGUGGCAUCGCGUGCGUUGGGCACGGCCGUGUACAGUAUUUGUGGGACCCGUGUAUCCCCAGCACUGCGGGCUAUCUGCAGCCGCCACGGCAGCAGAUACCCAUAGCGAGCUGUCUUCUGUAUUUAACCCAACCAGCUCUGGUCUGUGUAAAUGAAUGUAUAUCCAGAAAUGCAGUCUGACCUUGACUUCUGCUUGGACACAAUAAAAGCAUUUUGUGCAUCUAA